AAGCCUCUUCAUUGGAAAAGAUUGCGUUCCAAAAACAUCAUUUAUCGCUCAUUCGAAUGGUCUUUCUGUUCAUCUGAAUGAAAUCAAAAUAUAAUAGGAUCCUACAUAUAUAAAGGUGAAGAAGCAACGAUUUCUUAUCAGUUACUUUCACACAUCGAUUUUAGAAAAUUUUCUGUACCUAUACUGAUAAAAAAAUGAUUUACUCUACAACGUUUGUUAUUAUAUUAUUUGCUUGUAGUGGUCAGGCGCAAGUUGAUAUAGACCCAGACUGCGAAAUCCAGCAAUACUGGCCAAACAUAUAUGAUUGUUCGAAAUUUUAUGAAUGCAAUGCUGCUGGUGAAAAACAAGAAAAACAAUGUCCGGACGGGACUUUGUGGAAUCAAAAUAAGCAGACAUGUGACAUGCCAUACAGCACUGACUGCUCAUGGACUGUAACAACCGAUUCAACAUACGAAACAACAACUUCAUCUGCCUCAACCGUCGACCCGCAAUGGAAAUGUGAUGUAGAAGGAGAAUUUUUUCCUGAUACAGAAGAUUGCAGAGGUUUCUAUGAAUGCAAAAGAGGAAUAAAACAACAUAAUUAUUGUACUGUACCCCUCCUUUGGAAUGUUAACAUCGAGGGCUGUAGCACGCAAUCCGAUUGUUCCCAAGUAGUGACUACAACUGAAGCAACCACCACCACCACUUCCAGAUGUACUAAUGGCGAUUUUAAAAUAGAUCCUAAAGAUUGUCACCAAUUCUAUUACUGCGAGAAUAAUAUUUGGACAGGUCCCGUAGCUUGUCCAGCUGAUUUGUAUUGGAGCGAACAUCUACAAUCUUGUGUUAAAAAAUCUGAAUCAGAUUGCUAAUGAAAGUGUACUUGAAAACACUGUUACGUAAA